GUGCGCGUGACAGAGUGAUGUGUGACCCCAUCUCGGAUUCUUGUAUAGAAUGACCCGUCUCCUCGCGGCCGGCAGAGAGUGGCAUUCAAUUUGCCUGCUGUUCAAUUUCCAUCAAUAUGUCAACCCUCACGAUCCCGAAGCUUGCAAGUCAGCUCAUCUUUCGGCCCAUCGUAAUAUCGAUGAACAGCUUGGCCCUGUCUUCCCUUAUGUCCUAUGUCAUGUCUGCCAAUGGAAAUAUCGAUUGGAGAUCAGUAUGCUCACUGGUUUACUACCAGAGAAUAUCGCUGAUCCAAUUAUCUUCACAGAUAACCAUUUGCGUGGCAUCGGAUAUCCUUGCGAUGGGGGCUGACCAUCUCAAGGAUAAAGAGGAGGAAUUCUUGUCUGACCGCAAGAACGCAUACGACCCACGCCUCGCCUCUUGGUUUGUAUAUGCACGAAUCUUCCUCACCGCCAGCGCUGUGCUCCUUGCAUUGACACUAUCUCUAUGUCCACUUUCGACCCUCCUCACCACGGCAGCCGUCUUAGCCCCUGCCUUGCUCUGGAACAUUCCGAUCAGCUUCAAUAUGUUUGGGCUGAUUUCGAGGCACCUCCUCGGGAGGUUUGUUAAGGACAGUCACCACCAGCCUUCUACACCUCCACCUACUCUGGUUAUCAAACGCGUCCCUGGCAUGAAAGCCAUAUUUAGCGGUGUCAUUCGAGGAUGUGGCAUCUACGCUAUUGUCCUAUCUGUAUUGUCAGGAUCAGGAAAUCUGGCCGACACGCUACCGUCUCCGUGGAGUACCGCUCAACUGAUAGUCUGGUCGACGGUCAACCGCUCAUGUCACGCAGCAAUGAAUGAUGUCCGUGAUUUUGAUGAUGAUCUGAAGGCCGGCGUCCCCACCAUACCCGUCCUUCUCAGAUCCGUCCGCAAGACGAAGGUCAUAUUAACAGCUUGUCAUAUGCUGGUUAUGCUGGCCUUCAUCGAAAAUCAAUACAUCAUAGGAAGCUGCUUAUUUGCCACAGCUCUGGUAUGGAUCCUUGACAAGCACUCGCCGAAAAAGGCGUUUUUGCUGGGUUCUCAUUCGCAGUCCUUGUUCAUUAUUUGGUACUUUUUGACGAGGAAUACUUAGCUUUUCGCGUGGAGGACGAGUAUUAUCGGUUCUGGAUUGAAUGUAGAAUGUAUUAUAUUCAUGGUGUAUGCGCUUACUUUUCAGAGUUGCACCUGAGGAAAUUAUCAGGCGAGCAAAGUACCAGAUCCGACAACAGCAUAAGUCA